AUGCUCAGUGUGUCUCCAGACAAACGGCGAAAAAUGGAGUCGGCGCUCAACCAGCUGAAGAAGCACACAGUGGUGGUGGCCGACACGGGGGACUUUAACGCCAUUGAUGAGUACAAGCCACAGGAUGCCACCACCAAUCCGUCUCUUAUCCUAGCUGCUGCCAAAAUGCCUGCCUACCAGAACCUAUUGGAUCAGGCCAUCAAAUACGGCAUUGCCAAGGGCGGAACUGAGGAGGAGCAGAUUGCCAACACCAUGGACAAGCUGUAUGUGAGUUUUGGUCUCGAGAUCCUCAAGAAGGUCCCAGGCAGGGUCUCGACCGAGGUGGACGCGAGACUGUCUUUUGACAAAGAGGAAAUGGUGGCCAAGGCUUUGAGGUUCAUUGCACUCUAUGAGGAAGCUGGGAUCAGCAAGGAGCGGGUGCUCAUCAAGUUGUCUUCAACAUGGGAGGGAAUCCAAGCUGGCAAGGAAUUGGAAGAGAAGCAUGGCGUUCACUGCAACAUGACCCUCAUUUUUUCUUUUGCACAAGCUGUAGCCUGUGCAGAAGCAAAGGUAACCCUCAUCUCACCGUUCGUUGGGCGCAUCCUCGACUGGUACAAGGAAAACACAGAUCGUAAAUCCUAUGAGCCUCAUGAAGACCCAGGUGUCCAGAGUGUGACAAAGAUAUACAACUACUACAAGAAGUUUGGCUACAGUACAGUGGUGAUGGGCGCUUCGUUCCGAAACACUGGACAAGUCAAAGCUCUGUGCGGAUGCGACCUGCUCACAAUCUCUCCUGGGCUGCUAGCAGAACUCAGCCAGGACCAUAGCGCUGUCACACAGAUGCUUAAUUUGGAAACAGCAAAGGGGUGCAAUCUGCCAAAGGUCCACCUGGAUGAGAAGGCCUUCCGCUGGCAACACAAUGAGGACCGCAUGGCAGUUGAAAAAUUGUCUGACGGCAUCCGCAGGUUUGCUGCUGAUGCAAUCAAGCUGGAAACUGUGAUCAAAGAGAAAAUGCUUCAUGUUAAGAAUGGUCAGUAA